AUCAUUUCCCGAGGUCGCCUCGUCGCCGCACCCGUCGUCUUCCUCCUCCUCCCCAUCCCCCACCAUGUCCGACCUCUCCAGCAAGUACGUUCUGCAGACCGCGGGCUUUGACGCCCGGUUCCCCAACACGAACCAGACGAGGCACUGCUUCCAGAACUAUACUGACUACUUCAAGUGUAUCGCUGCCAAGGGUGAGGACUUUGCCCCCUGCAAGCAGUUCAAGCGGGCGUACAACUCUCUCUGCCCCAGUACGUCAUUCAUUCUCCAUUUCCUCUUCACUUUGCCUCACCUUGUUCUCCCGCACAGACGAAUGGGUAAGCCUGCAUUGCGUUGCACGUUUCCUUAUCUCCACUGAUACCUCCCCACUUCAGAUUUCCAAGUGGGACGAGCAGAGGGAGAACGGCACCUUCCCUGCAUCGCUCGAACCCUGAAGGACCGGUCCUUUCCGCAGUCCGUCGGUCGAGGUCACUGUGGUCUACAUUGGCCGACGGCUGUUCUAGGAGAUCAAUCAAAUGUCAUUCUAUUUCACGGGCCAACUAUUGAACAACUCUGGCGACCUAGAAUUCAGCCGGCCUGGUCAUCUAUUCAUCGCAUAGGCCGAUUCGCUUCGCGUGCCAGUCCGAAAACUGUUAAUUGGUUGGUUGGUGUGGGACCUCUGAGCCGAAUGGUUGUCUAUCAGAGUGUUGUCAUGAACGGCAUGUGCCCUUCGUGCACUCUGUUGAACACCGAAACGCGAUCCAUAAAUCGUCUUUGGUAUAAUUAAAAACGGUGUUGUUCAAAGUCCUGAGAAUCCAUCAGCGCUCUGCACGCGAAUUUUGUGGUGGGGCGUCUUACAUACGUCU